CCGCACGUCCGCAGGCCCGGCUCUUCUGUCAGAAAACUAGUGUCCUCCCCCUUGCUGUUCCUCACCCCCUCUUUCCCCCUGCUUUCUCACCUGCUCUGGGACCACUUACCCAAAGACCUCCCUUCUCCCCCCGCCGGCCCAAUUAUGGCAGAGAAUGAUGUGGACAACGAGCUCUUGGACUAUGAAGACGAUGAAGUGGAGACAGCAGCAGGGGCCGAUGGGACCGAAGCUCCUGCCAAGAAAGAUGUCAAGGGCUCCUACGUCUCCAUCCACAGCUCCGGCUUCCGAGACUUCCUGCUCAAGCCAGAGCUGCUCCGGGCCAUCGUUGACUGUGGCUUUGAGCAUCCAUCUGAGGUCCAGCAUGAAUGCAUCCCGCAGGCCAUUCUGGGGAUGGACGUGCUGUGCCAGGCCAAGUCAGGCAUGGGGAAGACGGCCGUGUUCGUCUUGGCCACACUGCAGCAGCUGGAGCCAAUCACUGGGCAGGUGUCUGUGCUGGUGAUGUGCCACACUAGGGAGCUGGCUUUUCAGAUCAGCAAGGAAUAUGAGCGCUUCUCCAAGUACAUGCCCAAUGUCAAGGUGGCAGUGUUUUUUGGUGGUCUGUCUAUCAAGAAGGAUGAAGAGGUGCUGAAGAAGAACUGCCCGCACAUUGUCGUGGGGACCCCUGGCCGAAUUCUAGCCCUGGCUCGAAAUAAGAGCCUGAACCUCAAGCACAUUAAACACUUUAUCUUGGACGAAUGUGACAAGAUGCUUGAACAGCUCGACAUGCGUCGGGAUGUCCAGGAAAUUUUUCGCAUGACCCCCCAUGAGAAGCAGGUCAUGAUGUUCAGUGCUACCUUGAGCAAAGAGAUCCGGCCAGUCUGCCGCAAGUUCAUGCAAGAUCCUAUGGAGAUCUUCGUGGAUGACGAGACCAAGUUGACGCUGCACGGGUUGCAGCAAUACUACGUGAAACUGAAGGACAACGAGAAGAACCGGAAGCUCUUUGACCUUCUCGAUGUCCUCGAGUUCAACCAGGUGGUGAUCUUUGUGAAGUCCGUGCAGAGGUGCAUCGCCCUGGCCCAGCUUCUAGUGGAGCAGAACUUCCCAGCCAUUGCUAUCCACCGUGGGAUGCCCCAGGAGGAGAGGCUGUCUCGGUAUCAGCAGUUCAAGGAUUUCCAGAGGCGGAUUCUUGUGGCUACCAACCUGUUUGGCCGAGGCAUGGACAUUGAGCGUGUAAACAUCGCCUUCAACUAUGACAUGCCAGAGGACUCAGACACCUACCUGCACCGGGUGGCCAGAGCAGGCCGGUUUGGAACCAAGGGCUUGGCCAUCACAUUUGUGUCGGAUGAGAAUGAUGCUAAGAUCCUCAAUGACGUGCAGGACCGCUUUGAGGUUAACAUCAGUGAGCUGCCUGAUGAGAUCGACAUCUCCUCCUACAUUGAACAGACGCGGUAGAGGAAUCACCCACUCUGGACUGUGGCAGUCUGUCUGUCCAGUCAGAAGAGGACACCAGGGAUCAGGGUGGAGACACCACUGGCCCCGCCCCCGCCAGCCCUCAUCCUAUCCUGUCCACUUCCCUCUGCGGCAUCACCACUCCUAAACCUCUUCCUGAUUUAUCAGAGUUGUUUGUUUGUUUUUUUUAACAAAACGAAGAAUGAAA